CUACAUACAUGACAUCGACAGGAGCUGCAUGAUGGCCUUGAGAGUAAAAGAAAUAAGUGCAAGCAUUGAUCAGGACAGAAGUUCCCUAGUCUUUGGCUGUCUCUAUAAUAUGGUUGUUUCCUUUGAAGGGGAGGAGAGACAGACGAGACAGACGACCACAGAGAGACCGCUACUACCACCUGACCUUACUAGCCCUACUGUCUAUACUAUGAACUGGGAUGAGGAGGAGUUAGUGUUUCCACUGAAGGAACUCAGCGGUACCCAAUCACUCAAGCUUGACUUGUACUGCCAUCGAUUAACAGGGAGAAAGGAGUUUGUUGGUACGGGUACAUUGGAUAUCUCUCUCGGUCUUCUCAUAAAUGGCAGAUACCAAUCCCCAACACUCUCUUUAAAGAACAAGGAGAGAGAGUCACUGGAGAGUACAGUCAGUGUGACAGUGGAGUACGAUCCCACUAGCAGUCCUGCCGAGGAGAUACAUGAUGGGUCCCUCACACUAGGAGAGGCGAGAGCUGCCUUGUUGGGUGUUCGUGCUGAAUGGUACUGGCUGGGGCGUGUGUUGGGUCUACCACUAGGAACAUUACAUGUGAUUGAAGGGCAUGCAGUUUCCUAGCACUCUAUGGUUUCAUGAACAAUUAGUCACGGUCACCAUGCAUUUUACACGAUAUAAACUCUGAUACCAGUAUAAACAUAAUACAUGUGUUAGAAUAUUCAGAUACCAGUGUUUUUAUAAUCCCUGCAUGUACCGCGUAAAUUGUAUAUAAGGUGAUCGUGACUAAUUUCCAGCUUGACUAUGACUAUAAUUAUGUACGUAAAAACAAUAAUAAUGAUGCUAAAGGAAAUAUGUCUGAGCGUCACAUAAUUAGAGGAUUGCCUAAAUUAAUUUUUUUGAACUAUCAACGAAAAAUUAUUGUUACUUAAUUAACAUGAAUUUCACUCUAUACAGGCUAUUGGGAGGGACAAUGCCAGGGAAGAUUACUUC